GAUCUGUUGUCUUCACUUUCCUUUUCCUCGGUCGAAACCUAAGCCUGAUUCUCCCUCCAUUGUCGUCGCCAUGUCCGGUGAAGAAGAAGAAAACGCCGCCGAGCUCAAGAUCGGAGAUGAGUUUCUCAAGGCAAAGUGCUUGAUGAACUGCGAAGUCGCUCUGAUUCUGGAGCACAAGUAUGAGCAGCUUCAGCAGAUUUCUGAAGAUCCCAUGAAUCAAGUUUCUCAAGUGUUUGAGAAGUCCCUACAGUAUGUGAAGCGCUUUAGCCGCUACAAGAAUCCGGAUGCUGUACGACAAGUUCGGGAAAUCCUGAGCAGAUACCAGUUAACGGAAUUUGAGCUCUGUGUUCUUGGAAACCUCUGUCCUGAAACUGUUGAGGAAGCUGUUGCCAUGGUUCCUUCUCUUAAGACGAAGGGACGAGUUCACGACGAUGAAGCUAUCGAGAAGAUGCUAAACGAUCUCUCCCUCAUCAAGAGAUUUGAAUGAUGAUAGAUUGGACAUGAUAUUGUUGUCUUAUGUACACAGUAGACUGAAGCAUAUUGGGCUUCUGCAAAUGGUGGUUGAUCUUCAAAGUUUCACCUUCACUAUAACAAAAAUGUUGUGAGAGAUGAGAUUUUGGGGGUUUUCUUUUCAGUGUUUUGUAAAAACUAUUGCAUUAUUAAUGGAUUAAUUUGAUAA